AUGAAAAGCAGCGAAAGCAGCACAAAAAACAGCGAAAGCAGCACGAAAAGCAGCAAAAGCAGCAAAAGCAGCAAAAGCAGCGGUAGCAGCAAAAGCAGCACGAAAAGCAGCGGUAGCAGCAAAAGCAGCAUAAAAAGCAGCGGAAGCAGCAAAAGCUGCAUGAACAGCAGCAUAAAGCAGCGGAAGCAGCAUGAACAGCAGCAUGUAAAGCAGCGAAAGCAGCAUGAAAAGCAGCACAAAAAGCAGCGAAAGCAGCAAAAGCAGCACGAAAAGCAGCAAAAGCAGCGGAAGCAGCAAAAGCAGCACGAAAAGCAGCGCAAAAGCAGCGGAAGCAGCAAAAGCAGCAUGAACAGCAGCAUGCAAAGCAGCACGAAAAGCAGCACGAAAAGCAGCGAAAGCAGCACAAAAAGCAGCGGAAGCAGCAAAAGCAGCACGAAAAGCAGCGGAAGCAGCAUGAAAAGCAGCAUGAAAAGCAGCAUGAAAAGCAGCGGAAGCAGCACGAAAAGCAGCGGAAGCAGCACGAAAAGCAGCAAAAGCAGCACGAAACGCAGCAAAGGCAGCAUGAAAGGCAGCAUGGAAAGCAGAAAAAGCAGUGAAAGCAGCAAAAGCAGCAGAAAGAAAUGCAGCAGAAGCAGCACUUAA